AUGUCCACCGAAUACCGCCCAGAGAUCCUCCUUCUUUCCCUCGAUUACCUCGACUUUCUUGACGAUACCUACUCUUCACUGUUCAACAGCUUAGUCAAGUCCGCCCUGGUGAAGCGUGUAAAGACCGCGAACGCGGCACUUCGCUAUCUGGAUGACAACAAUCCCAAGGCCAUUAUCGUCACAGACCAAGGCUUGACUGACUGGCGGCACCAUGAAGUACUCCGAAAAGUACAAACAUAUAUCCGUUAUGGUGGCCUUGCGAUUAUCGGCCUUCAUUUCCCCAGCUUCGUAACAAUGGACGUCUUCGACGCCUUCUUUGCUUUUGGCUUUGGGUUGCCUUGGAAACACAGCGAUUAUACCCGCAAAACUUCGAGGUCAAUCCAUCCUGCGUCUUGCCAUCAGGGUGUGAAAUCGUCUUCGUUACCUGCGCAACCCUACACGAAGGUCCUCCAUGUCAAAGGGGCUCGGCUCCAUGAGAGGAUCUUGGUUCCAGUUACAUAUCAUGAGACUAAGUCGCUUAGCUCAAGUCAGGGAAUCUACGAAGAGGAAAGCGAGGACGGAAUACUGGCCGCAGUGGCCGGAGCCCAGCUUGGAAGCGGGUGUAAGUCAGAGCAUUGCCACAAUGAACAACACGGGGAGGACCUGUUCAUGAUACGUCAAAUCAAAUCAGGAUCCGUUUUAGCCAACGGAGUUGGAAUUGGCGACACUUUUACAACUAACGGCAAUCCUCAUCCGUCUUCUGCACCAGGAGUCAACGCAGCCAAGUACUACGAACAGACAUGUCCCAUGCCAUUCGAGUCCACACGGAUAUAG